AUGGUGUUGUCUGAGUCGGAGGCAGACAGCAGUAAUACAGAUGAUACCAUCAAGAAAGAUUGCAACGGCAUCGUGAUCACCAAUGGUGACAGCAUCGGUGGAAGCAACGGCGGCGGGGGCAGCGCCUCCGACAGCGGGGAUCAGAUGGACGCUGAUACCCGCGAAAGGGAGCUCACCCGCCGCAAGGAGGAAGCCAAGAGGAGGCGCCGCAAGAAGAAACGUACCGGGUCAUCUGUGGUAUCGUCUUGUUUCCAAGACCUGUAUAAAUUGACCGGAGAGGUUUUGGGAGAAGGCGCCUACGCUAGCGUCCAGACUUGCAUCAGUUUGUUCACCGAUCAAGAGUUCGCCGUCAAAAUCAUCGACAAGGUUCCAGGUCAUGCCAGAGCAAGAGUAUUCAGAGAGGUAGAAACGUUCCAUCACUGUCAAGGACAUCCGAACAUCAUCCAAUUGACAGAAUUUUUUGAAGACGAAGAAAAGUUUUAUUUGGUUUUUGAAAAGAUUAAUGGGGGUCAGCUCUUAAGGAGGAUCCAAGAGUAUAAGUAUUUUAGCGAGGCCGCUGCAGCGGAAAUCAUCAGGGAAGUGGCCUCAGCGUUGCAGUUCAUGCACGGAAAGGGGAUAGCGCACAGGGACCUUAAACCCGAGAAUAUACUUUGCGUACACAAAGAUCGCCUGUGUCCCGUCAAAAUUUGCGAUUUCGAUUUGGGUUCCGGUAUUCGCUUCCAAUCCAGUGUUUCCAGUCCGUUAGCGACACCGCAGUUAUUAACACCUGUCGGCAGUGCCGAAUUUAUGGCACCGGAAGUAGUGGAAGCGUUCAUCGGCGACUCGGAAUCGACGUCGUACGAUAAGAGAUGCGAUUUAUGGUCCUUAGGAGUGAUCAUGUACAUCCUUUUGUGCGGCUAUCCGCCGUUCUACGGUAAGUGCGGUAAAGAUUGCGGUUGGGAGCGCGGCGACAAUUGCAAUUCGUGUCUGGAGCUGCUCUUCCAAUCCAUCCAAGAAGGCAGGUACGACUUUCCCGAACCGGAAUGGACCGCCAUAUCGGACCAAGCGAAGGACCUCAUCUCCUGUUUGUUGGUCAAGAACGCCAGCGAUCGCAUCAGCGCUGAAAAAGUGCUGAAACACGCUUGGUUGCAGUUUGCUAGUGAAACGGCUGCUUUGACGACGCCAGCCGUUAUUAAGAAAAACAACUCCGCUCUGGAACUGUCCCAGUUCGCGGAAUCCGCCAUGGCUGUGAAUAGAGUGGUGCAACAACAUUUCAGCAUGAAAUUGGACUAUUUGGAAAGGCCGAGUGAUUGUCGGUAUGGAAAUAAACAACCCAUGAAGAGUUGCGAUUCGGCCAACAUGUUCGGGCUGAGCCCGCCUAGCGAAAGCAAUUUAAUGCGCAGGAGGAUUAAGACGGGCUCUUGUCAGAUCAUACUGCCGUCUCCAGCGCCAGCCAUUCCCAGUCCAAGCGGUUAA